AUGGCCAAUGUGCAGGUUGCGAAGUGUAUGCACUAUACGGGGAUUCCUACUACCCUAAUUCCCGACAACAAUCCAUGCUCAAACCCCGACGGUGUGGGAUCACAACGGUUCAACAUAUCCUAUCUUCCGGCCAAUACCCCUAAGUCUCCGUUCGUUGCCUACAUGCCGUUGCAAAUGGCCAAUGCGAUCCGGGCAGGUCAGAACACACAGGCGUCCUCCAUCAAAAUUCCAGCAAUUCCAAGACCUCAUGUUACACCCAAGGCUCAGAACACCGGUGUACAACCAUUGUCUUCGUUUCCUCCUUACUCAAACCCGAUCGCUUUUCCUCAGCCAUUCCAUGGAAGCGGUGAAUACUCGGCGCCGUCUUCAAGACCUUCCUUCUACGACGCCUAUGAACCCAGAAGACACCAGCGAUCGCACUCCAAGAGGCGAGCAUCCAAACGACGCUCAAAAAGUCCACGGAAAGACAAGUCUCGAGAAAAAGUGCAUUCGACGAAUAACAGCAACAAGAAGAAGGACUCAUCGCCGCCAGCACCUCCUGCUGUCUCUGCACACCCUCAACCUCCUAUUCUACCACCCCAGCCUCCACAGCACCCUCGUGCUAACCCACCAGCGCCUUUCGUUCCAACUCCAGAACAACUGCUGUCGGCGCCUUUGCGACCUGUUCAACCAAAACAGCGACCUUAUAGUUUGAUUGGUGUCCAAACAAUACCACUGAACGGCGAAAUCGAGAAGAAGAAGCCGGAGAGAAAAAGAAACGUGAGUCUGGAUGAAAGCAGGUGGCCCUUCGAGCAUGUUCCAAUGGUGCCGUACUUGCCUCUCUGUCCGCACAUGUGCUCACAACAAACACGAUCAAUGCGCUCAGAAAAACGUCUACAGCGACUGCUAGAUAUGUGCGAAGGGGUUGUGGAACCGUCGAAGCGACCAGUGGUGCCCACAUUACCAGCUGCCGACGUGGCCCCACUGAAGACUCUAAUUCGACCCAGUCCGCCGCCACAGCAGCCCUCCCAGUUUCAGGGUCUUUUUGGACUUAGAAAAGGGGUGCCUGCGUCUAAAACAACACUGGAGGAAGAGCUACCGAGCUGGGUUCAAAGGAACGAUAACAAUGAUGAAGGCAGACCGUGGCGGAAGGAGGCUGCAAGGAGGACAACAUCGGUUCCACCCCCAGCACCGCCUCCGCCCCCGCCCCCGCCUCCAUCCACGUAUUUCGGCAGCCCCGCCCAGGUGCCCGAAAAGCCCCCCGUCGAGGCUCCGCAGCCGACGCCGAAGGUCGGACCCAAACCGGUCAUUCAGUGGCCCCCGCGGAUUUUGACGGAGGAGAAGCCACAGCCGGAGAAGACCAUGACCCCUCCCCUCAUUGAAUACGGCGGUAACCAGGACAGUGGCUCCAGUGUGCUCUCGCAAAUGGAAGGGACUUACGAGGUGAUCUUGGACUACUCCAACGAGAACAGUUUGGAGAGCGACGGUGGUGAAUCGGAGAGGAACCAGCCAUGGGGCAACAGGAUUUACGGCUCGGGGGUGACUCAGCGCAGCCAAGCCAACCGUGGUCCUUACCACCCAGAGAUUCGCGGCGGCCACCCGCGUGGACCCAGCUCGGGGACCUACCAGAACCUCGAGGGCAACUUUCAGCCUAAGGUGGGGCUGGGCGACGUUUGCUCGUCACCACUCUGUGUCACGCCGGUCUCUCGCUCACCUCUUUUUCACGCUUAG